CGCGGCCCCGGAUGUUGGCUGCUCUUGCUGCCGCCGCCGCUCUCGGCGCUGCUCGGGGCCUCGACCGCUCGCAGUAGGCACCGUUGGGACCUUUCCCGGGGGGCGGAGACGCACGCAGCGGCCGGGGGCUCGGCCGGGCCGUCCCGGCCUGCGCAGCCUGAGAUUCUCUUUGUGGCCAGAUGGGUUUGUAUGGACAGGCUUGUCCAUCUGUAACUUCAUUAAGAUGUAACUCAGGCUUUCCCUCACUUUGGAACUCCUAGAUUUGUGAAUAUUGGAUAUUUUGAGAAGCAGGGGUUCUUUCCUUGAUAUUGACUAAGGAGUCUAUUUACCUUCAGGAUGACAUCUGAACUGGAGAGCAGCCUAACAUCUAUGGACUGGUUACCACAGCUCACCAUGAGAGCAGCCAUCCAAAAAUCUGAUGCUACACAAAAUGCACAUGGAACAGGAAUUUCUAAGAAGAAUGCACUCCUUGACCCAAAUACAACUCUGGACCAGGAAGAAGUCCAACAGCACAAAGAUGGGAAACCUCCAUACAGUUAUGCCAGCCUCAUUACAUUUGCAAUUAAUAGCUCACCCAAAAAGAAAAUGACUUUAAGUGAAAUUUAUCAGUGGAUUUGUGAUAACUUCCCGUAUUAUAGAGAGGCUGGCAGUGGUUGGAAGAAUUCCAUACGACAUAAUCUGUCAUUGAACAAAUGUUUCCUUAAAGUGCCUCGAUCUAAGGAUGACCCUGGAAAGGGGUCCUACUGGGCAAUAGACACCAAUCCGAAGGAAGAUGCGCUGCCUACUCGGCCAAAGAAGAGGGCACGAUCUGUAGAACGGGCCUCAACUCCAUAUAGCAUAGAUUCAGAUUCUUUGGGAAUGGAGUGUAUUAUUUCGGGAAGUGCCUCUCCAACUCUGGCAAUCAACACUGUGACUAACAAAGUAACAUUGUAUAACACUGAUCAGGAUGGUAGUGAUAGCCCACGCAGUAGCCUUAACAACAGUCUCUCAGACCAGAGUUUGGCAUCUGUUAAUUUGAACAGUGUUGGAAGUGUGCAUAGUUAUACACCGGUGACAAGCCAUCCAGAAUCAGUCUCUCAGUCAUUAACUCCUCAGCAGCAACCACAGUACAACCUUCCAGAAAGAGACAAGCAACUGCUUUUCUCAGAAUAUAAUUUUGAAGAUCUUAGUGCCUCAUUUCGGAGCCUUUAUAAGUCAGUUUUUGAGCAGUCACUUAGUCAACAAGGUUUGAUGAACAUCCCUUCUGAAUCUUCCCAGCAGUCCCACACUUCAUGUUCCUAUCAGCACUCUCCCAGCAGUACAGUGAGCACUCACCCACACAGCAACCAAAGCAGCCUGUCCAACAGUCAUGGCAGUGGCCUCAACACCACGGGCAGUAAUUCGGUUGCACAGGUCUCACUAUCUCACCCCCAGAUGCACACACAGCCGUCUCCACAUCCUCCCCAUCGACCGCAUGGUUUACCGCAGCAUCCGCAGCGUUCCCCACACCCAGCACCACACCCACAGCAACACAGCCAGCUCCAGUCCCCUCACCCCCAGCAUCCCUCUCCACAUCAACACAUACAGCACCAUCCGAACCAUCAGCAUCAGACGUUAACACAUCAGGCACCCCCACCCCCACAACAGGUAUCCUGUAAUUCUGGUGUUUCAAAUGAUUGGUAUGCGACACUUGAUAUGCUAAAAGAAAGCUGUCGAAUUGCCAGCAGUGUUAAUUGGUCAGAUGUAGACCUUUCACAGUUUCAAGGUCUGAUGGAGAGUAUGAGACAGGCAGAUCUCAAGAACUGGUCUUUAGACCAGGUUCAGUUUGCCGAUCUCUGUUCUUCUCUUAAUCAAUUCUUUACUCAAACUGGCCUUAUACAUUCACAGAGUAAUGUUCAGCAAAAUGUUUGUCAUGGUGCCAUGCAUCCAACAAAACCUUCCCAACACAUUGGAACAGGAAAUUUGUACAUAGAUUCUAGGCAAAAUCUCCCUCCUUCAGUGAUGCCACCCCCUGGUUAUCCUCAUAUCCCACAGGCACUCAGCACUCCAGGAACAACGAUGGCAGGCCAUCACAGAGCCAUGAACCAGCAGCACAUGAUGCCUUCCCAAGCCUUCCAGAUGCGGCGUUCCCUGCCUCCAGAUGACAUCCAGGAUGACUUUGAUUGGGAUUCAAUUGUGUAGGGCUUGUUUCUGCAAGACACCAGACCCUAACGUUACCUUUCUGUGCAGUGAAGGGAAAGGUUUAAGAGAAUCCAGUUGAGAAAACAAACUUGCUAAUCACUUUACCAAUGUUAUCAAAAUUACUUUUGAAGACAAUCAGAAGGAUUUUAGCUGGAUAACUUACUGCUUUUAUCUGACCCAAACAAGUCCUACAUGUUUGUCUCCCUGCCAGCUGCCCUAUGUAGCUCCUAACUGUUGUGUGAUUUGGACGGCUUUUUGCGUAUUUGUGUCAGUUUGAUGUUAACCACAAGUGCCAGACUGAUUUUUCAGACAGAGCCUAUUUUGCUGCAAGCAGUUUAUAUAAAGAUACAUAUGUGUAAAUAUAUGUACAAAAAUUACCGAAAGGCUUCAGUUUUUUCUAAUUGGAUUAUUAUGUCUUGAAAGGAAAGUUAUUGUCAGUUUUUAUUCCUUGUUAGGCUAUUUUCUGCAGUAUGCUUUUAACUGAUGUAGGAAACUGAAAGGAAAUAGAUUUUUUCCAAAGCCCAGUAUCCCUUAUUUAAUCUAUUUUAGAAAUGUGGGUAAUGAAUUCUACCUAGUAAGUCAAGGAAACCAGAAUUUGACACUCUCCAACAAUCCAGAGGGGCACGUUGCUCCUGAGCAGCAUGAAGAACUGACCAAAUUGGUUUUGAUGUUGGGGAUCAUGGAGUAUUUAUGUCUGCUUUUCCAAAUCUGCGUUACAACAGAUCUAAAAUGUGUUGAUUGGUAAGAAAUUGGGCAUUGCUUGGCUCUUUAAACACAUCAGUGCUUCCACAUUCACCUAUGUAUUUAUUAUUCAAAAGUGUUAUUUUAAUAUUUAUUGCUACCUUCUGUGAAUGCUUAGCUCCUGUUGGGUUCAUUAAGGAGAAAUGUGUCUGAAAGCACAGAAUUAUUAUUAUUUUUUUUCUUUUUUUGAGGUGGAGUCUCGCCCUGUCGCCCAGGCUGGAGUGCAGUGGUGCAAUCUCAGCUCACUGCAACCUCCGCCUCCUGGGUUCAAGCAAUUCUC